AUGGCUCCAAAACGGAAUUGCAGACAGCAAUGCCCUGCGGCCGGGCAGUCAACGCCUGAGGAAGGAGACCGAGUUCUGUUGCUCACCUGCCAUUGGCUACGUGAGUUGGUUCAUGGAUCGAAGUCCUCGGAGGUAAGGGGCACUCCAUUGCAGCCAGGGUUGACUUGGCUUGGUUGCAAAGGUCAGGUGCACGCCUCUGCAGAGCUGACAGACAGCCGUUUGAUCGAAACUGUGGAGGAAUUCAGAUCCCUGGCAGAAUUCUACAAAGUCGAGGCAAGCGAGCUGCCCUAUAAGAGGACUUGGGUCACCACAGUCAGCAAGGUGAAGACGCUUCCACAGCCCGCUGGUUAUGAAAAGGCAUCCGGGCCUACGACAUGGGCUAGAUUCAAGACAGUGCCAGCUGAGGAGCCUAGCAAGAAGGAGGAGGCGACCAAGGUGAUCAAAACGAUCAAAAAAAACAAAGCUAUGACUGCCAAUGUCAAAAGUGUGGUUGUGGAUGCAGCAGUGGCAGCAUCAGUGCCCGUGCACAUCCUGCUGCAUCGUCAGGCAUUCACAAUUGGGUCAGCUUGCUCUGGAUUGUGCAGCGAGUUGCACGCAUGUUAUCGCUUGAAGCUGCCCUUCAUUCCCGUUUUUGGAUGUGACAUUUGCCGUCAUUGCAAGGUUGUGUGCGAGGAUACCUGGGGUCACUCGCUGUGGUACGACGACUGUCACAGCCAGGUGGUCUCUGAAUUGAUGAACAUCCAGCGGAACGGGCAAAAGGCGUAUCAUGUGUCCUGGAACAUCUUGAAUGCCAAGGACUAUGGCACGCCCCAGAACAGGGAACGGUUGCUGAUUGUCGGUAUUCGCGCAGAUUCUGGUGUUCGCAAGAUGGCUUGGCCAAAGGAAGACAAAGCAGGGUCGAACUAUACUUACAUUGAUGCUGCUGUUGAAGGCGACCCAAACUUUCCUGGAAGAUUGCCAUCCGGGAACACUGCGAAGACCAACCUGUUGACUGUCUUGAACCGCCUUCAGUCUGAAGGAAGAGAUCCAUUGAGAAACCCUUUCGUGGUUGACAUUGAUGGGUCGGAUCCUCAUUUCAAUGAGGGCUGCUCGCCUUGCCUCACCUAUACCCGUGCUGGAAGUCGUGGGCCUUGGCUUACCUGGAAGCAAAGGAAGAUGAGCACAUCAGAGAUUUUGCGGAUGAUGGAUUUGUCGCCGGAAUCCGUGAAGGUGAGCCGGGUGACACCACGGCAGGUACGCCUCAUGGCUGGAAAUGCAAUCCCAAUCAAGAUGCUGUCAAUGGUGCUGCAGCAAGCGCUGCAGUGCGCCAACAUGCUGUGA